AUGUUCGGAUUCCGCGCCUACCCCACCCCGAUCCUGAGGCCCCUUGGCCCCUUCAUUGCUGGCGCUGUCAUCGUCUUCUGGGCUACGAACAGUCUGCAGAACUCCAUGCUCAAGAGUGACGAGUUCAAGAAGGACCCGAGAAACCCCUAUGGUUAG